AUGACUGAGAAGACGGAUAAAGCAAAAUCGGAAAAGAAAGAUGCUAGCGGAAAUUAUGAGAAUCUGGCGAAUGUUGUGAACGAGAGAAGCGAGAAUGCGGUUUCGGCGGUCGGUCGUACCGUCAAGAAAUAUUGGGAAAUCAAAGAUGACCUCAAUGAUUUCUACGAUGACCAUUUCAAAGUUUGGAAGAGCGAAGCAAUCGGCGCGGGACAAUGGCUUAUGGUCACUUCGCAAAUAAUUGCCGACAAAUUGCAAGAAGUGGGAAUGUCUCUUCUCAAAUUGAAUCCACCGGGUGAUUAUCAAGAAUUCCACAUCUCCAAGAUGUUUGCCAAUGCUGUUUUCCUUUUGUUGGUCACUGGCGUUGGAGCAUUCAUUGGAUCAUACCUCGCAGCUCAUAUCAUCGGAUUGUUCCUAAUUGACUUGGGUGUCGCAUUGCUGAUAAUGUUUGUUAUCCCAGGAAUCGCAUGUCACACAUUUGUAAAUCGUGGAGCAACACGCCUUUCCGAGAAAAACCGUCGUAUUGUGGCAGCGAGUUUUAUAUUCGAACAGGCAAUUCUGAUUGGAUAUGUUAAUCAGCGACACUACUUGGAUGCUCCUUUCAUGAUCCUCACCCCAUUCCUCACUUCAUUCGUCUACCCAGCAGUAGUCGGGCUUGGAUUGCGCCGCGAAAAAGUGCUCGGAGCUGUGUUCGGAACGUCAUUUCUCGCUCAUUUUCUUCAUGGACUCUUCUUCCACAAAUAUCUCAGCAUUGGAUUCUUAUUCCUUGCAUUGGUUUAUACUUCUCUAGCAAUUGUGUUGAUUCAAUUUACGAUUGAGUGCGAAUUCGGCAAAUUUUGCUGCAUUGAUGGCUGCUGUAUCGACUUUACCUACAUUCUCCUCAUGCUUGUUGUUGUAUCGAUGAUAUUCACUAUCGGAAUGUUCGCUUAUCUCGAAGUAAUGAAGCAGCGCAACUUGCGGCAAUCUCUAGAAAUUGCGAAACAAAAGGGAUCCACUGAUGAUGAUGAUUCGAGUGAAGCCAGAAUUGAAUUAGGUGUUCUGCCGGCCGAUGUAUCAAGUCCGAUCAAAUGUAGCCCGCCAAUGACUGUGCCAAAACUCAAUUUCCAUGCACAUCCAGUUCGAUCUUUCUGCAAUGAGCAUUUGCACUUUUAA